AUGGAUUUCAUUGUUGACCUUCCUUCGUCCAACAACCAUAAUACCAUCCUGGUAGUUGUGGAUUUACUCACCAAGAUGGCUCAUUUUAUCCCUUAUAAGAAACUACCCACUUCAGCAGAAAGAGCAGAAUUAUUCUUAAACCAUGUGGUUCGAUACAUCACUAUGAUCCUUCUAUCAGCCCUUUGUGUUCUUGCUGCAGUCAUGUCCGAGACACAGAGUUAUGAGGGCGGCACUCCAGGAUGUCACCUUCAUCCAUUUAAUGUCACUAUUAGGAGCGACCGUAGAGGGACAUGCAGGGGGACACAGCUCAUUCAUGCCUGCGUGGGACACUGUGAGUCCAGUGCUUUCCCAUCCAAAUAUUCAGUGUUGGUGGCCAGUGGAUUUAAACAUAAUAUAACAUCUGUAUCACAGUGCUGCACCAUCAGUAAGAUGCAGAAGGUUAAGGUCCGGCUGCAUUGUGGAGGAUCCCGUCGCGAGGAAAUAGAAAUUGGCACCGCCAAGGAAUGCCAGUGUGAUAUGUGCCGUUUAUCCCGAUAUUAAGUUUUGCACUAAAUUCUACAACAUGACAAACCUAGA